ACUCGGCAGAUAACACCUUCACCCUCCUCCUUCAGGGAAGCAAGAGCUUGGCCUACCAACUCUGACCUGUAGACCACUAAGCUCAGCAUCCUGAUUUGGUGCCGCCUUUGGGAGGAUGAAUCAGGACAGUGACUCAAGUGAUCAGCCCACUGGCCAAGACCCACUCCUAUUGCUGAAAACCCUUCAGCUUCUCUGGACAAAGAAAGAGAUGAAGAAGCAGCUCAAGGAAGAAAUCAGGCGGGGCUUUGCAGGACUGGAGGACCCAUUGGCAGGACUCCUGGACAUGCUGGAGAACAGCAGUGAUUGGAAGGGGAAAGGGCAUUCCCUCGGGUAUUACAUCACCGCUGAGCUGCAGCUUUGGAUGGGAGAGCAUCCUGCUGUUCAACAGUCUGGCAUCAAGCUGAAGAAGCUGCAGGCCCGUGUACUCAGACUACUAGCCCAGUGCCCAGCUAAUCUUCUUGACCCUCUGAUUAGCAUUUACCAGCUCCAUACAGCAGACCGGAACUAUUUGCUUGAACAUGUCAGUCAUCUUUAUCACAAGGGCGAUUACAAAGAGGCAGCCAUACUGAGUAUUAAGCUAAAAUUACAGCCAGAUCAAGAUGUGGAGAAGAUGUGUACACCACUACUGCUCCAAGAUAAAACUAACUUGGUGGAAGAUUAUGUGGGAGAAUAUCCUGAGCUCCAGAGCAAGCUCUUGCAGAUCCUGGACACGUGGUGUGAACCUGGUUUUAAUAUCAGAGACAUCACAAGACAAUAUCAAGGCCUGUCCAGGUACAAACCAGAUAAAUUUAACCGCAAAAUGCUAAGCAAGCUGGUCUUCAGGCUCCUAGACCGAUUUAAUGUAGAUCCAGCUCUCUGCCCUAAUGUCAUAAAUCAGCGGCACCUGAGAACUCUGAAUUACCUCUUUUACAAGAGAUUUGUUGAGAAAACCAUGACUCAGGAGAAUUGGACAGAUCAUGUUCAGAGUACAGUUGGAGAGAAUCGAUGGCUUCAAGGGCACCUGAUACAGUUACUAAUCAGUUACUGUGAUUUGAACACAGCGGCAAGAUGGGCACAACGCUGCAAUUUGCCCAAGGAGAUGCUACCUUAUGGAGUGGCUGAUGAGCUUCAAAAGCUUCAGAUCCAAGAGAGGGUAGAAGAUGCCGCAAAAGCAGAUAAUUAUGAAGAGAGUAAGAAGAAGGACUAUUACCAGCUUCCAAUUCCACGGGCAAAUAUUCACUUCCUGCAGACAUGGGAGGAGACACUGCAGUGCUGGGAAAAGGUGCUGCAGCCUGGGCAGGUUGUUGGCAUUGACAUGGAGUGGAGGCCUUCAUUCGGCAUGGUCGGGAAGCCCCGUGUCUCCCUCCUUCAACUCGCUCUGAAGGAUGAGGUGUUCCUGCUUGACUUGCCACGGCUCCUCGAGCAAGCUGAGACGGAGGGUGAGAAGGAGAAGCUUCCCCAUUUCAUCCAGAUGCUCUAUUCAGAUGCAGCCAUCACUAAACUAGGUUAUGGGAUAUCUGGAGACCUUAGCAGCCUUGCAGCCACGUGGUCUGCUUUGAAAGGCACGGAUAAGCAAGCACAAGGUGUGGUGGACCUACUCACAGUAGACAAACAACUGCAGAAGAGCUCCAUUGACUGGAAGAAGGGUGGCCGGAAGGUCGAUGUACCGUCCCCGGAGCAGAGCUACAAGGAUAGAGGGUUCAGGCAGCCAGAGAAAGGACUCAGCCUCUUGGUGCAACAUGUGCUGGGGAAACCUCUAGAUAAAACAGAGCAGCUGUCUAACUGGGAGAAACGGCCUCUCCGGGAGGAACAGAUCCUCUAUGCAGCUUCAGAUGCAUACUGUUUGCUGGAGAUCUACGAGAAACUCUGUAAGGAUCCAGCAAGCUUUGGUCUGAGUUCAGACCUGACUAAGAGCCUGGUGGGAAAAACAAGCAUAAAACCCAGGGCAAAGAAGCAGCUGAAUAAACAAGAAGUACCCUCACCUUCUGGACAGCAAUGCAAAGGAUCCAAAAAGGAGACCUCGUGUCCCCCUGCUCCCAUCUCCCCAAAGGAGUUCAGUGUGGUCUGCGAUAACAUGCUGCAAGGCCUCGGGCGCUAUCUUCGCUGCCUUGGAGUAGAUGUCCGGAUGCUGGAGAAUGAGGAUGACCAUAGGAAAGCUGCUGAGAUUGCCCGACAGGAAGGAAGAGUCAUUUUAACCUCUGGACUCCCAUAUCAGACUCUGCAGUCCCAGGUAGCAGAAGGAAGGUGUUUCUCUGUGAACUGCUCAGAAAAGGCAAAAGAACAGGCCCUGCAGGUUCUGAAGCACUUCAACGUUCAAGUAUCCCUGGCAGAUAUCUUCAGCCGCUGCCAGGUGUGCAACUGCAACAAGUACCUGAAGGUCACGAGGGAGAGGAUGAGGCAGCUGGUGGAGGGCAGCAGGCAGGCGCCGGGGGACGGCGGCACAGGCUGCCUGGUGAGAAGUGAGGAGAAGCCCAGCCAGAGCUGUGGUGCUGCCCUGCCAGCCUGUGACGUGGUCGCUGUCAUCCCCCCUGGGGUGCUGGACAAAGCCGAGCUCACCGACUUCUACUGCUGCACCCGCUGCGGGAAGGUGUUUUGGGAAGGGUCCCAUUUCGGACGCGUUGUCUCCCAGUUUCAGGAUGUUCUUGUCACCGCCGGGGACAAGCAGAGCGUCUAUGAGCUGAGCUGAGGGGAGACGUGGGGGCUCCGCAGCAGGAUGGGGACUGCGGGGGACGUGCUCCCCGGUGAACCUCAGCAGGUUUCAGGCCAUGGGUUUGCAGUGCAAGGCUGGAA